AUACACGCUUUCGGCAUCGCCGUAUAAGACUUGAAUUUACGUAUAUAUAACUAUGUUAAAAUAUACAUUUAUUUCUUUGUUAUUUACAUUAUCUGUCCUAGCUUCGGUAGUAAAAGAACAUCGUUUUCGAAUUCCCAAUCAAACUUCCACACAUUUCAUCGGUCGGGCUCCAAUCAAUAGAAGUGUCAAAGUUUGUGACGUGGGUUCUGAAAAUAUUACAGAGUGUAAAACUUUGGAGAAUACAUUGGAAAUAGCGAAAUUUAUCACGGGGACCCGAAUAAAAGUUCAAGUUCGCGAUGAACCCUUGGCCGAAGUACAUAAAUAUUUUUUUACCGGAUUGCUACACGUUGAAGAUCUUAUUAUGUGUGAUUGCGGAGUGAUUUAUAUCGAGGCUGGAACGUUCUUUCCUUUGAUAUCGCUGAAAAAGCUUGAUUUACGACGCAAUUACAUUGAACAUAUCAAACCAGGCGUUUUCAACUACCUUCUACUAGCCGAAUUAGACCUAAGCCACAACAAAAUAAAAAUCGUCGAAGCAGACGCUCUAAAUCACAUGAAAAACUUGAGGCAAAUCGAUUUGAGCAACAAUCUCAUUUCCACCUACGACCCGAAAUGGUUUCUCGACGCACCCAAUCUCUCCCAGUUGCAUCUUGAAAAUAACUUUGUAAGGGCGCUACCUGAAAGUGCCUUUCGAAACCUAAUUGACCUCGAAUCGGAAAUAAAUAUAUUUUUCAGCUUUAACAGGAUAAACUUCGUUCACCCUUUGGCUUUCAAUGAUAUGGGAAAAACGACAAUAGAAAAGUUAUAUAUGGACCAUAAUUUGCUGGAUUCGUGGCACGCCAAUUGGUCCAUGAAUAUUAACGACCUAAAAAUAGCAUUUAACAAUGUAACGUGCAUUCAUGGCGAUAUCGCUGCAGUUAUUAAAAAUAACACUUUACAAAAUUUUGCCUAUAAUCCAUACAACUGCACUUGUUUGAAAGAGAUUAAAAUCAUCGGAGAUGGAUACGGCCUCUCGUCUCAAUGGUUUAUGGACAAAUAUCUUCGAUGCAGACACGACUUUAAACCUAGAAACGCGCCGCAUAGAGCUGCACUUCGAAAUAUGCAAAUAUUCAGUUCUCCCUGAUGGAAUUGAUACGCGUGUGUAUAUGCAAGAAUUCAAAGGGCAAAAGGCAAAUAAGCGAAUGGAAAUGUGUGCCAUAGUAGACCUUUAACUACGUAGAACCUUCUAUUUGAUGUUUAUUGUAAUGACAUACCGUUUUACUUAAAGCUGGUAAAUUUUCGUUAUUUGCAUGUAAAAUUUCAAAGUAUAAAGUUGUAUUGUGUUUAAAUGGCUAAAGGUAUGCUUUAUUCAAUUCGUUGAAUUUGGAUUUGUGUACAU